AUGUCAAGACGCAGUAGCCGGUUGCAAGCCAAGCAGCAGCAGCCACUGUCAUGUCAAGAAGAGUCUCCGCAAGAACUGCAGGCACCAGAACAUCUCCAGACCAGAAAAAGGAGAACAGCAGAGGAGAUUAAGAAAAGAGAAGAUGGGAAAAUUGCUAAAAAGCAUCAAUAUGAGAUUAAGAGUUGUUGGCCGCCCACGAUAACAGGAGGCGUCUCGCCUUGCAUAAUUAUUGAAACGCCUCACAAAGAAUCAGUAACCACUGACUUCUCAAGAUUCAAAAAAUACAGGUUCAGAAACCUCUUCAUAAAUCCGUCACCUUUGCCAGAACUCAACUGGGGAAAUUCCAAAGAUGUCUGGCUCAACAUCCUGAAGAAGGAGAAUAGAUAUGCUCAUUGCAAACAUUUCACAUCACUACAUUCUAGUUUGCAACCUCACAUGAGAUCAAUACUGUUAGACUGGCUCUUAGAGGUAUGUGAGGUGUAUGCACUCCACAGGGAAACUUUCUACCUAGCUCAAGACUUUUUUGAUAGGUUCAUGUUGACACAAAAGAACAUUAACAAGAGCAUGCUUCAGCUCAUAGGAAUUACCUCGUUAUUCAUUGCCUCCAAACUUGAGGAAAUCUACGCUCCUAAAAUACAAGAAUUUGCUUACGUCACUGAUGGUGCUUGCAGUGAAGAUGAUAUUGUAAGAAUGGAACUUAUUAUGUUAAAGGCUUUAAAAUGGGAACUCUGUCCAGUGACAAUCGUCUCUUGGCUGAACCUCUAUCUUCAAGUGGAUGCUCUGAAGGAUGUUCCAAAAGUGCUGCUACCUCAGUAUUCUCAGGAAAAGUUCAUUCAGAUAGCACAGCUCUUAGACCUGUGUAUUCUGGAUGUGAAUUCUUUGGACUUCCAGUACAGAACACUAGCUGCUGCAGCGCUCUGCCACUAUACCUCAAUUGAAGUAGUUAAGAAAGCUUCAGGCUUGGACUGGGACAGCAUUUCAGAGUGUGUAGAAUGGAUGGUGCCCUUUGUGACUGUGGCAAAAAAAGUCCCUGUGAAGCUGAAGAACUUCAAGAAGGUUGCAGUAGAAGAUCGACAUAAUAUCCAGACACACACAAAUUAUUUGGACAUGCUGGAAGAAGUUAACAGUGGAGUAGCAUCCACUGCCCCAGGUCAGUUAUCACCUGUGUCAACAGGAGGAAUAAUAACCCCUCCCAAAAGUACAGAGAAGAAGUGAAAUACGGACAACAAACAUCACAAACAAGAGUCUCAGAAACAGAACUUGGUGCUUCAGAACAAGACCACACUAAAGGUGACCCAUGCUCUUUACUGCUAUUCAAGACUUGGGCAGUAAAAGACGCAUCAAAUAGAGCAGCAGAUGGAAAUUGAGACCGGUGUCCUCCUACAGACUUACUUGACAAAAGAUUUAGACCAAGCAUCCCUCCCUGCUGUCACCAGAGCCUGGACGACUCGGUCCGUUCUCAGACAUGACUCAGUUCAACUCUCACCCUUCCUAACUUAUGAAUUUCAAGAACUUUUUAAAAAUGGCAAAGUUUGUCCACUUGACUUACACGUCAAACUUGCUUUAACUUGGGCUAGCCCUACAGGAGAACUUAAUGACAGCUUGUACAUAUUACCUCUUUGUGGUUUUUUUUUUUUUUCUUUUUCUUGGUAAGGUCAGAGCUUAAUGCCUGUCAGUUAGCCACCCAUGAGCUCAGGUGCAGUGUUAGAGGUCAGUGGGUAAGUUUACUUUUCUGAAACCACUCUGCCCUUGCAUUACAGCAUAGCCCAGCAUCAAACUCUAGCUCCACAUGAGGCCGAUGAACUUUAGCCCCUUUAGGGCUGCCAUAGACUUCAGUUCUAGUGUAGCACUGACCUCAGGUAAGAGUACAAGCAGAGAACGUGCUGCUGAACUGGAAGAAGUACAGUCCUGGAAGGAAGGAGUCCUAUUUUCUAAGAUCCAGCCACCAACUCUCAACAAGAACCAACAGGAUGAAAACUGGAGAGGGCAUGGAAAAAAGUGAGCCACUGGUACUCUACAACCACUCAUGUCAUAGGAACAGUACUUUAACUGUGGAGCUGUAUUUUAUCAGUGUUUAUAAAACAGCAUUAACUACUGUGUUUUCCUUAGAGUAUUCACUACCUCUGCCUAUGAGGUGCUUCACUUCUGUGCUGAAGGGACAGUGUGGGUAUCCGUCCUCCCCGUGCCCCGCAUCCAGGGACAAGUUUUACAUGACAUUGAGCAGUCCAGGAAGCUGCACUAGAGCAUCAAGUGCCACCUGCAUCCACAUUAAACUCACGCUAACUUAGCAAACUUGAAUUCACAUCUCCUUCAAACAAGUCAUUGUGGAACUAGCUGAAGUUGCUUCCAGCCUUCUGU